AUGGACAAAUUUCUUAAACGGAAACAUGAUUCUGGUACUGAUAGUGCAAGUAAAAAUACAAGCAAUGUCAAUGAUGAUACUUUCAAUGAUGAGAAUAAAAUAAAAAAGGUCAAUAGACAAUAUUGCAACGAUUAUUUAAAUUUUGGGUUCACUUAUGUUGACGAAAAUGAUUGUCAAAUUCCCCUUUGUGUGUUAAAACCACACACCAUAGCAGAGAGUUUGAAUUUACCGGCAUGUUCAGAAAUAGUUCAAAUUAUGUUUGGCGAUGAUGCAAAAAAAGAAAUUAUGAAAAUUCCGCAUUCAGACGAUACAAUAAAAAACAGAAUUAUACACAUGUCAGAUGAUAUUGAGAAAACUGUCACUAACAAGCUUACUACUAAUAAACUAUAUUUCGCUUUGCAAAUUGACGAGUCUACUGAUAUCAGUGGUAUAGCUCACGUACUAGGAUUUGUUCGUUUCAUUGAUGAAAAUAAAAUAGUGAAUCAAUUUUUAUGCUGUAAACAACUUACUGAACGUACAACAGGACAGAAUGUUUUUGAUUCAAUUUCGUCAUAUUUAGAUAAAUUUAACAUAACAUGGGACCAAUGUGUAGGAAUUUGCACCGAUGGAGCUCCUUCAAUGGUUGGUUCUAUUAAAGGAUUUACAACAUUAGCGAAGAAAAAAAAUCCUAAUAUCAUAUCUACACAUUGUUUUUUACACCGAGAAUCACUUAUUUCGAAAACAUUACCUAUUACAUUAAAGUCUGUAUUGGAUAAAAUUGUAAGCAUGGUUAACUACAUAAAAUCGCGUCCAUUACAAUCACGCCUAUUUAAAAAACUGUGUGAAUCAAUGGAAGCUCAGCACGUAUGUUUACUUUUACAUUGUGAAGUAAGAUGGUUAUCGCGAGGUAAAGUUCUAAAUCGAAUUCUGGAACUUAAGAAUGAAUUGUUAAUGUUUUUUCAAAACGAAGGUAACACUGUUUUUAUAUCUUUUCUUACAGACGAUAUUUGGUGUGUUAAAAUGGCAUAUUUAGCUGAUAUUUUUAAUUAUUUAAAUAGCGUAAAUGCUGGUAUGCAAGGUAAAAACGAAAAUAUUCUUACAUCCACGGAUAAACUAUUAACAUUUAAAAAAAAAUAUCUUUUUGGAGAACGCGUAUAA